ACCAAAUUAUUUUUGGUUUAAUAUUCUUUUGUAGUCUAUAAUAAUAAACAAGAAAACACGACUUGGGGUUCUAAUUAUAAUACGUAUUUUUAAGAUAAUUAUGUAUUGUUAAACCACAACACCUGAUCCAUAUUCUGUUUCAAAUUGUCCACCCGGUCAAUAAAACAUCGAAGAAGAAAACAAAGACGAAGAAGAAGAAGCAUCUGAUGUAGCAACAUGGCGGUGCCGGCUGGACGUAGCGUGGUGUUUGUUACUGGCAACGCGAAGAAACUUGAAGAAGUAAUUCAAAUUCUUGGCGACACGUUUCCAUACAAACUUAUCUCGAAGAAAAUUGACUUACCUGAAUACCAAGGAGAGCCAGAUGAGAUUUCCAUACAGAAGUGCAAGGAGGCUGCAAAACAGAUUGAGGGUCCGGUCAUCGUGGAGGACACCUGUUUGUGUUUCAAAGCAUUGGGAGGCUUGCCAGGCCCUUACAUAAAGUGGUUCCUGGAUAAACUCGAGCCAGAAGGCUUGUACAAACUUCUCGCCGGCUUUGAGGAUAAAUCCGCAUGGGCCCUCUGCACGUUUGCGUUUACGUCCGGAAAAGAUGAGCCGGUGCAGCUGUUCAGAGGGAUAACACAGGGCCACAUCGUGGAACCAAGGGGACCUCGAGACUUUGGAUGGGACCCAUGUUUCCAGCCAGAAGGUUAUGACAAAACCUACGCAGAGUUGCCUAAAACAGUCAAGAACUCCAUUUCUCACCGAUACCGAGCGCUAGCGGCUUUGUCGGAGCACUUUUCGCCACACGCCAAGAAGACAGAUGAUUGAGUGGCCCGUGUUGUUGCAGUUGAGUUGAUUCUACAACAGUGCUUCCAGUCAUUUGCUCCUAAUAAAUGUUUUCCUCUCA